AUGUUUAGAGCAGCUGUUGCCAGAAGCUUGAGACCCGCCAAUAUUCCCAUGAGUAUGUCAAAGGUAGUAGUAUUACCCAGGCUUGCUAUCCCACUGUUUGCUCAAAUCAGCAGAUCAUAUGCUGGCUUUCCUGCUUUGACAAGAGACGUUGCUAGAGAGAGAAUCAUUGAAUUAUUGGAAGGUUACGAUAAGGUUUCCAACAAAGACAUCACAGAGUCGUCAAACUUUGUUACGGAUUUGGGCUUGGAUUCCUUGGACGUUGUGGAGGUAGUAAUGGAAGUUGAGCAUGAGUUCAACAUCCAGAUUCCUGACCAUGAGGCAGACUCCUUGAAAACAGUUGGUCAGACUGUUGACUACAUACUUUCACAACCCGAUGCUUGUUAA